UUGAACAGAUUGAAAUCCAGAGAGGGAUGGGAUUAGAUUUAUUAUAUUGGUGUUGUUUUUGAGAUAGCGUUGCGAGAUAUUGUAGGCACAUAUUUUUCAAACGUAACAGUUGCCGUAACUUCUGAAAACUUUUGAAGACUUUUCAAGGCAUCCUUGAGCAAACUAGUGGAACCUGCAGCUUUUUAAUAAAGGGAGACUUUCAAAAGUGCCAUGGAAUUGCAGUCCUCCAGCUUACAGAGGAUGAACGAAAUCUCCAGUUUGGAUGACCUGACCAUCUCGGACAAGGCUAAUUCAACUGGUUACCCAGACUAUGUUUACCUGAAUGCAGCAAAGAUUUUCCAGAACGUUCAUGUGGAGAAACCCCAAGAUCAACGACUAGUGGGCUACGGCACAUUAACCAAUCUCCCCAUGCCAGUGUUCGAAGAUGAAAAGUCUCAGCGUUGGUCUUUCGAACUUGCAUUCAGUGCAUUAAAAUAUCAAGAUUUUCUUGAAGAUUUAAUGAUUGACAGCUGUUUUUACCCAUCUAAUCCAACUCAUGAUGACUUGACUAGCCUGGUUGUGGUGAUGUUGUAUGAUUUCCAAGAUCGCAAGUUUCAACCCAGACUCUGUCUAGCUGAUGAAGAGGAGAUAGAAGAAGUAAGAGAAGUAGAAAAGUCCCUGAACAGUUUUAAAACAAAAAUAGCUGCUUCUCUGGCUCGCUGUCGAAUCAAACUCGACAUUCUUACCAUCGACUACCUCUUGCCCGAAACUGUAAGGAAAAAACAAGAGAGAGCCUCUACCCUCCCUCUGUACGCUUGGGUGAACACAAUGAAAACCAGCCUUGAAGAUGUGUGCAGUUCCUUGGUGAGAGAUGGAUUUGUGAAGGUAAAAUCAAUCACUGAACUUGAAGGAUUAACGUUCUGUCAGGACUUGCACUGUCAGGAUUUGUUGGGUUUUCCUGCUCAUCUCAGAGAUGACCUUUGUGGAAUGGAGCUCUUUACAGACUACAAGCUAAUUAUUCAGGAUAAAUCUCGCAGUCUGGCUGCACACUCCGUGAAGGCCUUGAUGAACCUGGAUGAUGAUGUCAUCAUUGGAAGCGUGGCAUCAGGCUUGACCAUCGCUCACAUGUCUGCACUGACCAAUCAGAACACAAGCAAAAUCUUUGUUUGUGGGGUGAAAACUAAAUCCCAGCAGGAACAACUGCAACAUUUCUUCACACAAAUGCAAUGCAGAAAUAUAAAGCUAAUACCUGACACAUUUACAGACAUUGAUCCUACAAAUCCACGAUUACAAACGGCUAAAAUUGUUUUGCUCCUGCCUCCGUGCAGUGUGUCUGGUGUCAGUAAUCCAGUCGAUUUCAUCUUAAAUGAAAAUGAAGAUGCUGGUCUUCUCCAGGAUAUUUCCAGGGGAUCAAUAUCAGAAGAUAAACUGAACGACCUUGCCAAGCACCAAGAACAAAUCAUGACACACGCAGUGAAAUUUCCCAAGGUGCAGGCCGUGGUGUACUGCACAUGCUCAGUUUACCCAGAGGAGAAUGAAGAUGUGGUGAAAAAAGCACUGGAAUAUAAAUUUGAGGGAAACAAAGUUCAGCCAUACAGACUUAGCCCCCCAGUCCUGCCUCUCUGCAGCAUUUUGGAAAUCGAAAACGCAAGUGAGAAAUGUUUCAAACUGGAACCGUCUGAGACAAACAAUGGCUGUUUUGUGGCUGUGCUGACAAGAGAGCAGGAUCCUUCUGGGACAGUCUCGGUCAAAGACAUUCUGGCUCGAGCUGCAGCCAAGGGGCUCUUGGACGGUAUUGAAACAACUAAACCAGCGAAGAAAGAAAGAAGGAAAUCAAAGCCAGCAACGCAGACCACCCUUGUGAGCAGUGAAACCCAGGGCAGAAUUGCAGAAUUCUUGAAAAAAGAGAGUGAAGAGGCCACUGACAUUGCGGUAAGGCCUUACAUUAGCAGCAACUCCUUGUUCAGGGAGAGCAAGGCAAACAUUUCCAUUCCACCAAAGGGACUCUCCAAGGCCAUUCCUUCCAUGUCCAGGAUGAGUCCAGUGAAAAAGAGUCUUUCUAGAAGUUCCACCACAGAGCGCCAUUAUGAACAUUGUCGCUCCAGUGCUGCAAGGCCAAGACUUGAAGAGAUGUAUGUACUGAAGCCAGUGGAGCUGACCCUCCCUCCAGUGAUUGCUCUGUCUCACAGCUCCUAUGUGUGUAAAAGCAAAAGCCCUCCUCAUCUCUCAUAUUUUCACUGGAAGAGUAGAUACAGUCUCCCAAGGAACUCACUAACACAGACAUCUUCUACAAACAUGAGCAAACACAAUGACACUCUGCAAACUUCACCCGCAAAGCACCCUCGACCUUGGUUAUGAGUGCCCACGCAUUAUAUUUUAUAUAUAUAUAUAUAUAUAUAUAUAUAUAUAUAUAUAUAUAUAUAUAUAUAAUGUCUUUAAAAUGUUACCCGGGUGGAUAUUGAAGUACAUUAAUGUUCACUGAAGUUCGGAGCACAGCCUGUGUUUCAUGAGAUCAAAUCUCAAAUACCUCAAGGUCUCAAGGCCAUACCUAUUGUAUAUAUUGAGUCCCUAAUUGGAAAACCGGGGGCUUCUAGCUGGCCUUAUCUAGAGGGGAGGUAGACAAUGAGACAUAAAUAUAACAACACAAUAAAAUAAGAUAGUAUGCAUUAAUAGAAGCUCCAUCUGUGUUGUCCAGGACUUUUAACACCUAUGUUCAAAUAUGAACUGUAUUACCUCCACUUUUUUUUAAUUAGUGUUUUUUUUAACUAUGAUGCACACUUAAGGUCUUAUGAUAUUAAUACUGGUCAUCCAGACAUCUUUAGUUUAUUUAACCGCUAUGGUGUUACAUUUAUACAUAAACAAUGCUGCAUUGGGAUAUUUCCAGUUAGAAUGGGGUAUGAUGGUACUUGAAUCUUUUUUACAUUCUGCAGGGGUUCUCUUGCCCUGCACCAAUGCAGUAGAACGCCUCCUUCCAACAUGAUUUAGAACCGUGUGUGCAGACGGGUGGGGGAUUUGUCAUUUUCUCCUUGAAGCUCAAGCACAUCAUUUCCAGUUACGGAUAUAAACCCCUUAUCCAAAUCUGAUAAGCCAGUGAAAGCUACAUAGCCUUGCAUGACAAAACAAUGUACAGUAUUACUAGUCGAGAAGCCUCUUCAGCACCAGCCAUGAACCCCGCUCCCCAACAACAUGAAGUCACAGGUCAUGCUUUAAAUAAGAUUUCUUUCUUACUGUAUCAAUUAAACUGUGCCAUAAAAAAAAAAAACUGCUGGUUCGUCUGUUUUAAACAAUGGCUAAAAUUCCUGAUCAAUUUUGGCAUGUUAGUGGUCCUUGUGAGUAUUAGGAACGUUAUCUUUUUUUUUCUAUUAAAAUUAGUAAAUCUAAUCCUGAUGUUCAAAAUCACUUAAUCUGCUACAGUAACUAAAUGCUACUUCUACUGUGUAUAGGCAAAAAUGUCAUCUUUGCAAGUCACAUUAAUCAAGUCAACUGUUCUGAAAUCUUCCUUAUUGAUUUUUUCAGUUAAGAAAAGUGUUCCAUUCCAUGUGCCAAACACUGCAUAAUUUACUGCAGUAAAUCUGUUUGGAUGUGUAGUUUUUACCUGCAUGCAUAAUGCAUAAUUAUUUAUAUAUAUAUUAAUCUACGUUACCUGUCAUUGUAUUGUGCUUGUAUGUUAUUUGAUGUAUAAAUCAUAUGUUAGCACCCUGCAUGUAUAGUACUUUUACUUCUGGGUUAUAAUCAUAAGGUGAAAUUAAAAAUGUCUCUUAAAAACAA